GUUCUCCAAAUUCUUGAAAUUUUGUACAUUUGACGUUUCAAAUUGUGACUCUACUUUCUUAUUACUGAUCAGUGUUUUAACUUGGAGUUUCGUUAAGUCUGCUCAUUUUCAUCUUAUUUUGAAAUUUUAACGUUUGAUACCUACGAAUUUUUAAGCCACGUCAUACCAGUCCUCAGCCUAACCAAGGCGAAUCCGUCACUGGACAGAUCAACUCUGCAACGGUUACUGGACAUAGAACUGACCAGCACUUAACUAGGCCUAGCUCAUGCAACAAAUGUAUUUGCCGUAAGAUCAUCCCAAAGCAAUAUCAAUUUUAACAGAACUGAACUUUACUGGUUUAAAUAACUGAUAUUUUCAUUCGAGUUUUAUUGAUAUUUCAAAAUCUUAUCCAGAUUUUCAUUUUCAUUGCCUACUCUACUUGGCGCGAUUUUUUCAACCGGCUGAUCAAAGCACUAUUAUGUUGUUGUUCACCGUUGCUUAGCGCCGAGUUUACCAUUAGAUUCCUGAGGGCGUGACACAAAGAUCUGAUCUAAAUUGUUGAACAUCGUUGAAAAUGAAACUUUAUAUCCUAUUAGCACACCUACUUUGCAUUGUCAUUAGAUUUGCUUCAAUAACGCAACCAAUCGUUUAUGACAAAAUUUCACCUGAAAUCAAUUAUUUUGCUGAAAAUUGGAUUUCGCAAGUAAAUACUGGUAUCGAUAACCUAGACUUACAUUCUCCAUUACUCAGAUUGUUUGCUCUAAAGCCGUCGCCAAAAAUCAUAGAGCCAUAUAUUAUGACUCAUGCAAAAUGAAAUGUCAUAUAAAAUGUGGAAGAAUUUCCCCCAACGUAUUCAAACAAUAUCAAAACUGCCGUCCUGCAUCUUGGAUUUGUCCCUUUUGCCUCCUCCAAGAGCUACCUGGUGAUGUUAAUAUAUCCCCUGAUCCGGGUAAAAUUAACAAUUAUUGGGAUAAACUGCCGUUUCCAUUUGGUUUCUCUAACGACGAUCUUUCUACCACUGAUACCACUGGAGAUACUACACUUGAAGGUAUGGAGGAUUACGAUUUUACUGCAUUCAACUCCAAGGGUCUACACCAUAUCCAUAUUAAUAUAAGAUCUUUGCCCCCAAAGAUUGAAGAACUUCGGUUUCUGGCUACUAAAACAAAUGCAACCACUAUCUCUGUGACUGAAACUUGGUUGGAUCAUUCCGUUACUGACAACGAGAUUCAUAUAGAUGGAUACAAUCUCUUCAGAAAAGAUCGCAAUCGCGAAGGUGGCGGAGUGUGUAUAUACACACACAUCAACAGAGCUGUCACACGACGGGAGGACUUGGAAGUCGAUGACAUGGAAACAGUAUGGGUUGACGUUCUCUUACCGAGAUCAAAACCUAUUACAGUGGGCACAUGCUAUCGACCCCCGAAAAGCAACCCAAAAUUAUUUAUUGAACAUUUAGAAAACUCGACUAAUAUGGUAUGUUCUACAAAUGAACUAAUCAUUCUUGGUGAUAUGAACAUUAACACUAUGAAAGACAGCUAUCUUACACGAUUUUAUAAAUCUUUUAUUUCUAACAAUGGUCUGUUAUCAAUUAUCAAUGAGGUGACUAGAAUUUCUAAAAAUUCUAUAUCUUGCAUAGAACAUAUUUUAUGCAAAAGUAAUUUUAAAGUUAGACAAUCAGGUAUAUUUCAAAUCGGAAUUAGUGACCACUUUAUGGUAUAUUGUACAAGGAAAAAAGCUGUAGAGUCUAUCAAUUUCCAUAACACAGUACACAUUAGAUCUUUGAAAAAAUACGAUGUUAAGUUAUACAUAAGUAAGCUACAAGACAUUGAUUGGUCCUCCAGAAUUUAUAACUGUUGUGAAGUUAACAUCGCAUGGUCUAAUUUAAAAAAAAUUCUUAUUGAUAUUGUCGAUACUAUAGCACCUCAGAAGCAAAUAAGACUAAAACAUAAAUCACAGUCUUGGUUAAAUUCUGAUAUUUUAAUGAACAUCAAAUUAAGAGAUACUUUACUAAAAAAAAAUCGCUCAAUUCGAUUUCAAAAAACAGGUUUAAAUUAA